AGACAUAGACACAAACUAUAGCAACACUAUAUAUUGAAGUUGAUGUAAUGUCAAUUUCCCUAUAAUCCAUCCAACACCAUAGUCCAAUUUUUUUCCAAAACAAAACUAUACACACCCUAUUUAUUUAAAUAAUCUCAUUUCCACAAAUUAAGAAAAGAAGAGAGAACCUAUGAUCUAAAAUUACAUAUUAGCCCUUUCCUUCUUCUUCCUCUGAUUUCACCUUCCCUUCCUUCUUCUCAUUCUCGUUUAUUCAGCGUCCUUCUCUUCCUAUUCUUCACUCUGCUGCUGUAAUAGAAUCUCAUUAUGGUGGCCGCUGCCGCUGCUUUUUUCCCUGUUACUUCAUCCUUGCCGGACUCUGGUGGCAACAAAAUUGGGGCUGGGAAUGCGAACCUUGGAGGGCUUAAAUCUAAACAUGUGUCUGCGGGCUUGCAAGUAAAGGCAAAUGCCCAUGCCCCUCCCAAGAUUAAUGGAACCAAAGUUUCUACAUCUGUAGAAAACUAUAAGCAUGAGGAUGUUUUGCCGUCGUCGCAAUCCUCUAGGACUUUUAUCAACCAGUUACCUGACUGGAGCAUGCUUCUUGCUGCUAUAACAACGAUUUUCUUGGCAGCUGAAAAACAGUGGAUGAUGCUCGAUUGGAAGCCAAGACGGUCUGACAUGCUGAUUGACCCUUUUGGUAUAGGCAAAAUUGUUCAGGAUGGUCUUGUGUUCAGUGAAAACUUUUCUAUCAGAUCGUAUGAAAUUGGUGCGGAUCGAACGGCGUCUAUAGAUACAAUAAUGAAUCAUUUGCAGGAAACUGCACUUAAUCAUGUUAAAACUGCGGGGCUUCUUGGCGAUGGCUUUGGUUCUACGCCUGAAAUGUGCAAAAAAAACUUAAUAUGGGUAGUUGCGCGGAUGCAAGUUGUCGUUGAUCGUUAUCCUACGUGGGGAGAUGUUGUUCAUGUAGAAACUUGGGUUUCUGCAUCGGGCAAGAAUGGUAUGCGUCGUGAUUGGCUUUUACGUGAUUAUAAUACUGGUGAAAUCUUGACGAGAGCCUCCAGUGUUUGGGUCAUGAUGAAUAAACAUACCAGAAAGCUGUCCAAAAUUCCGGAAGAAGUCAGAGGAGAGAUAGGUUCUUAUUUUGUGGAAUCUGCACCAAUUCUGGAAGAAGAUGACAGAAAACUGGCUAAACUUGAUGACAGCACAGCGGAUUAUAUCCGCUCGGGUUUAAGUCCUAGAUGGAGUGAUCUAGAUGUCAAUCAGCAUGUUAACAAUGUGAAGUACAUUGGCUGGAUUCUGGAGAGUGCUCCACAGUCAAUCCUCGAGAGUCACGAGCUUUGUGCUAUGACUUUGGAGUAUAGGAGGGAGUGUGGCAAGGACAGUGUGCUCCAGUCCCUAACUUCUGUAUAUGAUGCUGGUGUUGGUAAUCUAGCUCAAAGCGGCCGGAUUGAGUGCCAGCAUUUGCUUCGACUUGAAGAUGGGGCUGAAAUUGUGAGGGGUAGAACUAAGUGGAGGCCCAAACCUGUGAACCACUUUGAUAUUGCGAAUCAGGUUCCAGCAGGAAGCACCUAAGGUUUUGAAUGGUUCAUGGUUGGAAUCAUAUCAGUCUCUUCCCUAGGGUUAAACUGGUUUUAACCUCUGAAGAGUUUUGCUUGUGUUUGUCCAAUCUACAUGUCUUAUAAUAUACCUUCUAAUUUGUGUUGCUUUGGUGCGUAAAAGGGGGGAAAGUACCAUAAAUCUCAUUGUAAUUAGCUCCUGCUCUACUCUAUCUCUCUCUGCUCAUCCAAAUUUCAUUUAUUUUCUGGUUGCUAUAGUGCUAGGCUGGCUGUCUUCAAUAUUUAAUUGUUUGAUUAAAAUGGCUAGGCAUGUAUAUUAUUAUUCUUUUCUCUUGGCCCUUCUAAAGAUGCAAAUUUCUUUGUGAACACAGCACAAUAAUUAUUAGCAUGUAAUCAGAAAUGAUUUGUUCGUCCAAUACAACUGUGAUUGUAUGCUCCAGCUUGUAAGUAUA